UAUACUUGUGGAAUGGAGAGCUACCGAGCGAACGGUGAGGAGAGCAACGUGAUUUCUCCUUUUGAUCGAUCUGCGUGGCGUGUGUUGUAAAAAUAUAAAAUAGAAGAAAAAAAAAGAAUUUGUCGAUAUUCUCGCAUGUCCGACUAUUUGGAAGGCGAGAAUUUCAACACAAGGUUAUAAAUUUCUUGUCGAUCUGCUGGUGCUUUCGCGACUGCUUUCUGGGUUGACCCUUGAUCUUUCGAAGCUUCUGAUAAGGAUUACCACCUGCCCGCACCACGUGUACGCAUCGGCUCGCACACAACGCAUCAAUGAUGACGAGUCGGCCGAGGAACUUUCUAAAGAAACCUAUCGCGUUUGCGAUUAGAUCCGCCUGUAAACUCAGAUGCCCAAGUGAAAAGGUCGAAGUGCAUCGUAGAGUGCGUGUUGAGCGCGUGUAAGCGCUCCUGGGUGUAGUAUACGAGAAAUAGAAAUACGCGGUCUCAUGCGUCCCAAGAAUGCGGUGCUCCAUUAUUAUACCGACGAUGCUACGAUACUCUCCUACUUCUCGUUCCCGUAAGCUCGCGGAGUAUCUAUGAGGCCUCGGUCAUUUAUACAUUACACAUUGUGUACAAUGUCAACGCAGUUAAGCAUGCAAGAUAAGAAAGAUUUGGAGAAGUUCACGAAAUAUUUGGCGCUGAGAGCCGCCCAAAUCAUAGUGCAAUCAAGGUCGGGCCAGAAAGUCAAUACCACAUGUAAACCGGACUCCUCCGCCGGCGAUUGGGUAAAAUUUAAUCUGGCAAUAAAAGAGCUACCGGAGGUCUCGGUUGAUGCUAAGAGAGCGUUGUGCGGAGAAAUAGUUAGUUCAUCUGUACCUCUCUGUAUAGAAAUUUCUCUGAAAACGAUAGAGGGUGACAAGAUGGUUCUAGAGACUUGGAGUCUUGGUGUUUUGCCAGAGCAAAGUGAUCCAACUGUGCGAGUAACAUAUACUGUGUAUAACAGAAUGGGAAUUUUGUUAAAAUCCUUGCUCUCUGUGUCAAGAACUGCGCCAGCUUACAAACUAAGCAGGCGUCAAGGGCCUGAUUCUUAUACUAUGUGCUACCGAAUAUACAUGGGAGAGCCUCAGUUACACAAUUUAGGUGAUAAUUAUAAACAUAUGAGAGUGGGUCAAUUGUGUACUCCAGUAGGUACCAUACAUUUGUCAGUCUCUUACAGAACAAAAAUGACCAUAUCACCCACUCACAAGGAACGAGAUUCUAUUAUGCUUAAGAGCGAUCAUUUUCAUUCAGAUUUAAGUCCACGUCAUGCACGAUAUCAGCAGAGUGAGGAAACAUCAAAGUCCCUCAGUGAUACUAUCAAAGUUGGUGCAUUUGUGAUAAACAAACCUGUAAUUGUUAACGAGGAGGAUCUUGUGAUACCAGACGUACCAUUCAGUUCCUUAUUGACACCAAAACAAACGUCACCUCCUCCAGUAUCACUAAUGAAUCCUCCAAAUACAAAGACUGCAACGGCAACUGAUAGCAACAACGGAAAUAACGAAAAACUCAAUAAUGAUAAUACGACUUCAAAAUGCGCCUCCCAAAACGGAUCUAGAAGGAGUAGUUGUUCAAUGACUAGUGCCAACGAUGAUUUUAUUAUGGUAGAUUUGAAAACACCUUUUGCCGUCACGAAUACUAAUAGCGAUGUAGGAGCGUUUUAUCGUGAUUGUCAAAGUGCCCCGCAAUUACAAGCUUUCAUGGAAGAAAGAACGCUUGCGGAGCAAUUGGGAGAUCUUACUAAACAAUUGGAAACAUUUGAAACCAAUAUGCAUCAUUACGAAGAUAUUUUGUCGUCAUUGUGUCAAACUGAAAAUAAUAAUUAAGGUUGAACUCUGCUACUAGCUGAAAAACAUAAAUUGUAUACAACUUUAUUGUAUGCAUAUCUAUUAUGUUAAGAUGGGUAUAUAUUAAGUAAAUGAACAAUGCGAAUAUUUAGAUUCAUAUUAUUUACUCGCUUUUUUUUCUCAUUGAAUUAGAUUCGUUGUUAUGUAAAAAAUAUUGGAUAUAAUAAUUCCUGCGCGUUUUAUUUAAUAAAAUAAUGUAUGAAUUCAAAACAAACAGUGGGAAAAAGUCAAUAUGUAAUAAUAUUCACACUAUGCACGAACUUUUUUUGAAGUCUCAUCUUACAAAUGAAUUAAUGCAGAUCACUGGCCAAUGUUUUGCUUGCAUUUGUCACAGGAAAUAUACUCCAAAUUUUAAUGACAGUUUGCAUUCACCGUUUCUUUACUUAAUGUAUAUCCCAUCUUUAGAUAUUGAAGCCUUUUUAAUUGCCUUUGUCGUUUAUACAUGAAAUGGUUGAAAUCAUUGGAAAACUUCUGUUUUUUAUAUUAAAUAAUUUUGGAAAAUUCUAUAUAAAUAUGUUAAUAUACAAUGUAGUAUACAUGUAUCAAAGAUUUAUGAAGUUUGGGGAAGCACAUUAAUUCUUUGAUAUUCUCUGAGUAAAACUGCUCACUCAAGUGUUUUGCUACAUAUUAUUGCAGAAACUACAUAAUAUAAUUAAUAAAAACAAACUAGUUGUGAUAAUUGAUUACUUAAUAUAAUUUAUUGCUUGUAUAUAAAUGUAAAUUGCGCACUUGAAUAUUAUAAGAUUAAUUGAUAAAUAUAAGUUGACUAUGAAAAAAUGCAUUUUACUAA